UAAAGAUUUCCAACGAGAGUUUGUAUUGUAAAGAGGUCAUCACAUUUCCUAAGAUAUCAACUCCAACGUUAAAAUGAGAUGGAUAAUUAUGAUUCUUACCAAUAUUCUCUGCUUGUUAGUUGUCACAGCUUAUGAAAUGAAAUUGGGUUAUCAAAUAAAAGACGGAAAUGUCAUUUAUGAGAAAGAGUUGGAAACGAAUCGAGAAAUGAAUGUGUUAAAGAUUCAUAUUCUUGCACACAAUGAAGUUAUGGAAUCGUAUUCGAUGCAAGAUUUUCAAAAGGGACAGCAGAUCACAUGCAUUCCAUCAUUACAUCAAUGUAGGUUUCGGGAGAUCAAAACAGAAAAUAAUGCAGGUGCUAGCCUGAUUAUGGAAACAUUUAUUCAAAGCUUGUUCAAUAAAGGUUACAGUAAACCGGAAGCGCACACUACAAUUGGGAGAGAGUUGUUUCAUAUGGAUAAAAAUGAAAUGGUUGACCAAUAUAUACUUGAAGAAGAUUUGAGAGAGUUUUACCACGGCUUUGGAUUCCCUCUGUAUAAGGAAAAGAAAAUACUCAAUGACGCUAAGAUAUUUAAUAUCACCCGGUUUAAAGCAGGAAGGCGUGUAAAACGAAGUUUUACAAGACUUGAAGUUGAUUGCUAUGGACAGUACCCAACAGUGAAGUAUGGUGUAAUUUCAGGAACAUCUUCCAAUCGAAUUAAAAUAUGCAACGGAGCUGCACGAAUUAAUGGACAAAUGGUGUUCCCAGAUUGCGAUAAUGUUUCCAUAACUUCAUCUCUUGUUCGCAUGUGUGUUUGCUGCCCUUAUGUCACAUACAUCGAUCUGACAAGAGAUGAUUGUGCAUGCACAGAAAUGGGGUUUUGACUUGGAAGGUACCAUGAGAUGGAACGAGCGAAAAUUAUAUCAUAAUCAACAAAUAAAAAAUAUUACUUGUUAUUCAUGUAUUAUUUGCAUGUUGUUUUGUUGAACAAAUGAGGUAUUCAAUUGGUAUAUCUGUAGAAAAAGUUAAACAUAGAUACUAGAACUUUGAAUAAUAAAUUAUCUGAUGCUGUUAACGGAUAUUUUACCAUUUGAAGAUGAAUCUAAAUAUAUAUAAAAUUGUGAUCUUUUUAUAACUUGAUAACAAUCCGAGAUCAUACCCUUCAAUGUAGCAAAAAGCUGCGUUUAAUCUUUAAAAUUGUUUCAUAUUUUCAUAUUUUGACUUCGUGUAUGCCUUCUUUUAUUUCAAGAAAUCAGCCUCGAUACCGUAUCAUCUUGGAUUCUACUACAUUGCAUUUGAAAAUGACAAUUAUACUUUUUUACAAAGCUGCCUUACUUUCAAAUCUUUCAAGUAAUUUGCAUAAACAAUGAUACCAUAAGAUAUACGGGACUAAGUUUGAACUACUAAGAGAAAACUAUACAGCCAAAUCAACCAGCGAUCAUAUAAAUACCAGUUAUCUGUUAUUUCCAGCGUAAAAAAAUGUUCUCUCUUUGAUAAUUAACUGAAAAAACUAUACAAAACAAUAGCCGUAUACAUUGCAUACAACACAAUGGAAAGACAUCAAAAAAGUUAGAAUACCACUUGAUUUGAUCUUUACUUCAACAACCUCUGGCAUGUCAAAGACUAAACCUUGUGCUGUCAAAUUUUGGAGUGUUCUGCUCUCUCUACUUAUUUAAUAUCCGACUUUGAGGAAUGAAUCAGUAAAUCUUAUCAAAGGAAUAAAUUACUUAUAGAGAGGAUCUAAUCAAUUUAUCUAAACCAAAGAUAAAAUGCUCUUAUUCAUCUGUAUGUAUUUUCUUUACGUUUUGAAAAAAGUAAAAAAUAGGUUGGUCAACAGAGCAAUGCCUUUGAAAACUACAAAGUAUCGUACUUUUUAACAUUUUAAACAAACCAAUCUAGUUGUAUUCAAGAACGAUGCUUGUCCUUGCUAAGGUUGUGUAUAAUUUGCCAACCGGGUUACAUUUUCUUCAUAUGAUAUUGAAAUAUUAAGUGCAUAUAAGUGAAUUGAUUGUAUUUCUUAAUACUAUCUAUCACUCAAUUUGAAAAAAAAGUUGAUUAAAAUUUUGUAGAUUCAUCAUUGAGUUAAUGUGACAUGUUGGAUAUAAGUCACGUUUGUUAAAGAAAACAUAGAAUUACUAGCAGUGCUGAAUUCAAUUGUUUACUCUUAUUGUCUGUUUCACAUAUUGGAAUUAAAUAAACUGGUAAUAAACUGAU